AUGGAGAGAAAAUUUCCCGGCGGAGGACAACUACGGGGCUACUCGGCCGGAGUUAAUGCUCCGGCGAUGCUGGGACUUGAAGAAGCGUAUCUCAACGGUUACUUUUCCGACCUGAGUUUUCAGUCUAUUCUCCAACCUCCCUGUCAUUACGACAAUCAAUCUCUGCAGCAGCCGGCUGUGGAGACUCCUGCUUUUUCUCAGGCGACGUACGGCUACUAUAUCCAGGAUGUUCCGGAGAGUAGUACUAGUACUUUUUCUGAGCCAAAUCCUACGACCUACCAGUUUCUGAACCGGGAGGAGCUUAAAACUCCUAAACAUGAAGUCUUGGACACCCAAGACUUCGCCUUCCAGCUGCUCAAACUCAACGAAACGACUCCAAGCCCAGCAGUUUCACCGCCGGAGCCUCUCAUCAACUUCUUCUCCACCUGCUCCUCUUCCAUGGAUGACCUGAGCAGCAACAGCAGCGGAGGUGCUGGUCAAUUCGUAUAUCAAACCGGUUCUCUAAGCGACAUCAUGAAUGUCCAAGUCCAACAGCUCACUGAGUCGUCAUCGUCCUCCUCCAGAUUUCCAACUCACCGAGUCGACCCAGGGAAACGGUACGUCCCGUACAAUUUGUCGCCGAAACCGGACAGGAAGCGAAUCAGGCAGAAGAUCAGCGAGAAGACUCGUUGUUUACAGCGAGUUUUGCCCUGGGACAAGAAAAUGGACAUGGGAACAAUGCUUGAAGAAGCCUACAAGUACGUCAAGUUCCUCCAGGCACAAAUUAGCGUCCUCCAAACCAUGCCGGAGAAAAGUUCUACGGCUGCUAUUUCUUCUUCAGGAGGAAAGAGCAAAAACCCUAGCUAUGACGUCAGCAGCAGUGGUGUCGGCGAAAACAAUGUUGCGUGGGGAGAUCUGGGGAAGUUGAACAGGCAGCAGUUGUUGGAGGUGGUGGUGAACUCGAGGGUGGCGCAGACGGCACUGUACUCGAGAGGCUGCUGCGUUUACUCAACGGAGCAAUUGGUUUUGCUGAAGAAAAUGGCGGAGAAGAAAACGCUGUCGGAACAAGUCCUCUUCGCCUCUCCUCUUCUUUUCUCCUGAAUGAUAACAAUUCCCAAGGUUCUGUUUGGCUGGCUGUAGUUUUGUAAAUGCUAAAAGCUGGGCCCGUGUUUCUUUUUGAGGGCACGUAUUAUGUAGUAGUAGCAGUAGUAAUAGUAAAGAUAAGUAGUGUGCGAGGACAAUGAGGGGUUUGAUGAUGGGAUUUUGAU